GAUCCAGACAUGAAGAGCGGCUUCUGGAAGGUCUGCAUCAGCCUCGGUAUGUCGGAGGACUUGUCUCGCAAAUCACAAUGGAAAACAUGGAAACAAAUGAUGGAGAAAUACACGGAGAGCGAAGUGGAAGAGAUGGUGGAGCACGGCUCCAUCAAGGUUCGCAAGAACCCGCGCAACCCGACGCGCAAGCAGUGGCUGGACCACGACGAGGCCCACACGAAGUCGUUCAGGCGCCGCAGGGAGGACACGCUGGAGGGCUCGAAGGCGAUCACUGGGGACGAGUUCAAGCAGCUGCAUCAGGACAUGACCAAGAAGAAGAUGAUCACC